UCCCGAGACGGGUAAUGAUCUAACCGAACCUGUUGAAUUUAAUUUAAUGUUUGAGAGUAGCAUUGGGCCCACUGGACACUUGAAAGGCUACCUUCGACCGGAAACCGCACAAGGCCAAUUUCUCAACUUUAAGAAAUUUCUUGAAUUUAAUAAUGAUAAAAUGCCAUUCGCUUCCGCUUCUAUCGGUCGUUCUUUUAGGAACGAAAUUAGUCCAAGAUCGGGUCUUCUCCGAGUCAGAGAAUUUACAAUGUCUGAAAUUGAGCAUUACGUAGAUCCCAAUAACAAGAAACAUAUCCGUUUUGAUGAAGUAAAAGACAUUAAACUUUCCUUGUUGCCACGACAUAUACAAAGUGAAGGUAAAACAAUACCUAUCGAAUUGACUAUUGGUGAAGCUGUUGAAAAAAAAAUUGUAGACAAUGAAACUUUGGGUUAUUUCCUUGCUCGUACACAUCUAUUUUUAACUAUGCUUGGUAUUAAAUCCGAGAGACUUCGCUUUCGUCAACAUAUGCCUAAUGAGAUGGCACAUUAUGCUUGUGACUGUUGGGAUGCAGAAAUUCAAAGUAGCUAUGGAUGGAUAGAAUGUGUCGGUUGCGCUGAUCGGUCUGCAUAUGAUUUGACCGUUCAUACAAACCGUACAAAAGAAAAGCUUAUCGUGCGUGAGACCUUAGCUGAGCCAUUGGUCUAUGAAAAAACUGUCCUGGAAAUCAACAAGAAAAUCUUUGGUCCCAAGCUGAGACAAAAUGCAAAAAUGGUGGAAGAGUAUUUAACUAACUUGAAUGAAGAACAAUUAGAAGCUUUGAAAAAGGAAUUAGAGAAUGGAAAUGGUAAAACCAUGGUCUCCUGUGCUGAUGGUAAUCAAUAUGAAAUAUCGAGUGAUUUUAUUACUAUCCAAAAACAGACCAUCACAGAACACGAACCAUCUUUUGGUAUUGGUCGAAUCUUGUAUUCAUUGAUUGAACAUGUAUAUUGGACACGAGAAGGUGAUGAGCAAAGGGCGGUUUUAUCGUUCCCUCCACGCGUUGCACCUUUCAAAUGUUUAUUAGUGCCUCUAAGUAAUAAUCCUACGUUUUCUAAACUCGUACGCGAUCUUUCUUCUAAACUUCGUAAGCUUCAUAUUGCCAUUAAGGUAGAUGACUCUUCCAAUUCGAUUGGACGUCGUUAUUCUCGUAACGAUGAGCUUGGUACACCAUUUGCGAUCACCAUUGAUUUUCAAUCUGUGAAUGAUGGCACUGUAACAUUGCGAGAGAGGGAUUCUACUAAACAAAUCAGAGAGAAGAUUGACACCAUACUUCAAGUUCUUAAAGAUUUGGUUGAAGAAGAUAUCACCUGGGAAGAAGUUUUAUUAAAAUAUCCUACAUUCGUACAACAAGAACUUGACUGA